AUGAAAUUUAUCAAUAAAACGUUUAUAAAAACUAAAAAACAAGAAGAAAAUGAUAAUAAAGCAACCGAAUUGUAUAUAGAAACAGAUAUAAAUAUAAACGAAAUAAAACAAAAAAUCCUCGAAAACAAUUUCCUUAUAUUAGAUGGAGAAGCCGGUUGUGGUAAAACAACAAUAAUAAAUAAAAUUUCAACCGAUUUUAACCAAAAGAUAAUUUCUCUAUUUGUAGAUAAUACCACAGAUUUAAAAACACUAAUCGGAAGUUACGUUUGUACGGAAAAGAUUGGACAAUUUGAAUGGAAAUAAGGUCCUUUAGUUAAAUGUAUGCAAGAAGGACUUUGGCUUUUACUAGAAAAUGUAUAAGAAGCAUCCGAAGAAGUACUUUAGGGCUUAUUAAAAUUCUCUAAAGAGGGAAAAUGUGAAAUUCUGGGAGGUAAUAAUAUCAUCAGUGAUUUUAAAUUUAAGAUUAUUGGUUGUGGAAAUUUCGGAGGGGGCAAAAUGGAUAUAAAGAGGAAUUUUGUAGCAUAAAAUAGCGGAAACGGAGAUAUCAUUUAUAAUGCCUAUAGUUCACGUUUGAUUGAAAAAAUAGCUUCCUGUUUGUAUUUUGAUGAACCCUGUUUACUUGUAGGAGAUACAGGCUGUGGCAAAACAACUAUGGCAUAACAUGUUGCUGAAUAAUUUUAGAAAAAACUUUUUAUCUAUAACAUGAAUUAAGGCUCAGAUGCUGUAGAUUUAAUCGGUGGUUUUAAACCUAUUGAUGUGAGGCUAUUAUUAAAAAAGAUAUUGGUGAAAUACAUAAGAAAAUUCCAAGAAAUCGCUAACGUUUAAGCUAAUAAAGCUUUUGUGGAUAAUUUAAGUCAACUUUUUUUACAUAAAAAAUACUCUACACUAAUGAAGGCUAUGAUUUCUAGUUUUGAUGGUAUUUUCCAAAAGCUCCAAAAGAAAUGCCUACCAAUAUAAAAGUGGGAGAAACUACACUAAAAAAUUAUCAAUUUAUAUAAAAACAAAGAAAAAAUAGAAUCAAACUUAGCUUUCCACUUCGUAGAAGGAAAUCUUAUAAAAGCUAUAAAAGAAGGAGAUUGGGUACUUAUUGAUGAAAUAAAUCUUGCUAAUAAUGAGGUUUUAUAAAAAAUAUUGCCUAUAAUUGAAGGAAGAUCUAUUUUAUUAUAUGAAAGAGGUGAUUUAAAAGAAAUUAAAAGACACUCUAUGUUUAGAAUAAUAGGAUGCAUGAAUCCUGGAAAUGAAAUAGGUAAAAAAGAAUUACCCGAAAAUAUUAGAAAAAAAUUUACUGAAAUAUAUGUACAUGAUAUAAAAGAAAGAGAAGAUGUAUAGAAUUUAGUUAAAAAAAAAUUAGGAAGUUAAAUCGCUGUCGAAAUAUCAUCUAAAAUCGUAGAUUUAUUUAUGGAAAUGAAAUAUGAUUUAAAUAAUAAUAUAGAAGAUGGUUAUUAAAGAAAACUCCAUAUUUCACUUAGAAAUUUAGCUCGUGCUUUAAAUUAUAUCAAAUAAAAUAUAGGAACAUACGGAUUAGACCGAGUUCUUUAUGAUGGACUAUAUUUAGGUUUCGGGACUGCCUUGAGUUAAGCAAGUUAAGGUCAUUUUUAAAUGCAAAUAGAGAAAACGUUUUAAAUUUCUCAUUUAAAAUAUUCUGAAAUGUUAAACCAAAAGUAAAAAGUUAUCGAAAAUAAUCCUCUUAAAGUUAACUUAUACGGCUUUAUACUAAAUAAAGGUUCUCUAAAAAUUAAGAAAGAGGAAGAAUGUGAAUUUUUAAUAACCGAUAUGUUCAAAAAAUACACUAUAGACGUACUUAGAGCUAUAUCAAGUAGUGAUCUUCCCGUAUUAUUAGAAGGUCCGACUUCUGCUGGAAAAACAUCUAUCAUAAAAUAUAUUGCGGAGCGUUCUGGAUAUAAAUGCGUGCGAGUAAAUAACCAUUAACAUACUGAAAUUGAAGAAUAUAUAGGAUCAUAUUUACCUGAUAGUAAAGGAAAAUUGGUUUUCCAUGAAGGAGUUUUAAUAUAGUCUAUGAAAGAGGGAAAUUGGUUAAUUUUGGACGAAUUAAAUUUAGCAAGAAGUGAGAUUUUGGAAAGUUUGAACAGACUCCUAGAUGAUAAUAAGGAGAUUUUUGUAAAUGAAACUUAGAGUUAUGUCAGACCACAUGAGAAUUUUAGAAUUUUCGCAACUUAAAAUCCUACUUCUUAUGGUGGAAGGAAAGAAUUAUCAAAAGCCUUUAAAAAUAGGUUCGUAUAGAUUUUUUUUGAGGAUAUUUAAGAAAAUGAUCUUUAGUAGAUUUUGUAAAAAAGAUGUACUAUAGCCCCUUCUUAUUGUAAAAAAUUAAUGGCUAUAUUAAAAGAUUUGAGGCUUUUUAGACAAAGAAAUAAUUUCUUUUUAGGUAAAGAGAGUAGUAUUACAAUUAGGGAUUUAAUAAAAUGGGGAAAUAGGCCAGUUUUGACAGUUGAUGAAUUAGCCAUGGAAGGCUAUUGCUUACUCGCAGAAAGAUUAAGGACUUAAGAAGAAAGAGAUUUUAUAUAAAAAAUAAUCGAAAAACAUUGUCGGGUUAAAUUAAAUCCGUAAAUUUAUUACUAGAAAUUCUCCGAUGAUAUGCUAAAACCAUUAUAAAGUUAAUUUCCUUUCUUCCUUUAAUUAAAUGAAGGCUUUAAAAGAAUGGCUUGUUUAACUUUAAAAUGUUUAUAAAAUAAAGAACCUGUAUUACUUAUCGGAGAAACAGGUUGCGGAAAAACUACUUUGGCAUAACUUGCCGGCUUUUUGAGAAAUUCGAAAGUUUUUUCCAUUAAUUGUCAUUAGUAUACUGAAAGUAGCGAUUUUUUGGGUUCUCUAAGGCCUGUAAGGAAAAAAGAAAUUUAUGAGGAAUAAUUAAGAGUUUUCCUAGAAUAAGAAUUAGAUUAAGAAUUAAUUGAAGAAUAAUAUAAAUUUUUAAACAAUUAAUAAAUUUCAAUUGACGAAAGAGUAAAAAUAAUAAAAAAUGAACAAAAAAGACAAAAACUAUAAGAACUUUUCAUAAAAUCAGAAACAAUGUUUGAAUGGCAAAACGGUCCUUUAGUAGAAAGCAUGGAACAAGGCGGCGUUUUUUUAAUAGACGAAAUCUCCUUGGCGGAAGAUUCGGUUCUGGAAAGACUUAAUAGUGUUUUAGAAAACGAAAGAUUCCUAUUACUUCCUGAAAAGAAUGAAAGUGAGUAAAUAUAAGCUAAGGAAGAAUUCGUAAUUAUAUCUACAAUGAACCCAGGUGGAGAUUUCGGAAAAAGAGAAUUAUCUCCAGCUUUAAGAAAUAGAUUUACUGAAAUCUGGGUAGAAUCAUUAACUAGUAAGAACUUGAUUUGUAGUCUAUAAGGCAGAAACGAUGUUUUGGAAAUGAUUAAAGUCUAUUUAACCGAUUGCGGGUUUAAUAUUAAUAACAGUGAAAAUGUGGCUGAGAAAAUAUACGAUUUCGUAAAAUUUUAUAACUCGGAUUUCUGCGAUAUGUACGCUUUGGAGGCUAAAAGGAAUAUUACUAUGAGAGAUAUAGUUUCUAUGAUGUAAUUUAUGAAUAAAACUUAGACAUUUUGUCCAAAUAAUAUAUACUAGUUGUAUUUUUAUGCACUUAAUGUGGUAGUUUUGGAGCCUAUAAAAUUCCUUCCUUUGAAUGAAAAUUAAAAGAAAAAAAUGAUUUUCGAAUGUCUAAAUUUCGUCGAAUAAUAAAAUAUUGGAAAUUCAUUAAAUAAUAAUAAUAAUAAUAAUUUAAUUUCCAUUAUAGACAAUAAUAAAUUGAAAAUGGGAGAUUUUGAAAUUCCUUUGAAAAACUCAAAUUUUAUUUCUUCGAAAAAAAAUAUUAAGUAUUCUUUAUAAAACUCUUAAACUAAAUAAACUCUAUAUAAAAUAAUAUAAGCAUUAUAAUUAGAUAAAUCCAUACUAUUAGAAGGUAAUCCAGGAGUAGGAAAAUCAUCUAUCAUAGAAUAUAUAGCCCAUUUAACCGGAAAUAAAUUAGCUACAAUAUGUCUUUCUGAAUAAACAGAUAUAGUGGAUCUUUUGGGCAGCGAUUUGCCACACUGUGAGAAUAAAUUAUAAAUGAAAUUCAGAUGGUAUGAUGGAGUUCUUUUAGAUGCACUCAAAAACGGUUAUUGGAUUUUACUCGAGGAGCUUAAUUUAGCUUCUUAGAGUGUGCUAGAAGGUUUGAAUGCUAUUUUGGAUCAUAGAGGAUCUGUUUUUAUCCCUGAAAUUAACCAAGAAUUUAAAAAGCAUCCCGAAUUUAGGAUUUUUGCUGUAUAAAAUCCCAUGGGAUUAGGGGGUGGAAGAAAAGGGCUACCGAUCAUAUUUAAUGUCUACAAAGAUGUAGUUCCGGAAGAAAAUAUUAAAGUAUAUAAUCCUAUAGUCCGUCUAUUAUAGUAAAUAUAGUAACUCUUAAAUCUAGAAAUAUUCGAAAAUAACGCUGUAUUAUAAAACUUAGCUAUAUUAUGUGAUUUUACACUAGAAAACAGUAUAUACACAACUCCAUUAAAUAAAAUGAUAACUGGUCUUCAAUAUAUAGCUGAAAAAUGUGAAGAAUGGAAUAUUUCUUCAAGUAAGCAAUACACCCUUAGUGUUUAGACAUAACCUAUAAUCGAUCUUCUUUUAUACUGGAGAGGUUUAGAGAGAAAAUGCUGGAAAUAAAUGCUUUAAGAAAAGGAAAAAGAAGUCGAGAAUUUAGAUGUAGUAGUAUUCAUGAAACUUAGAAACCUGCUAAUAUCCGCUCAAUAAAAAGACUAGGAAAAUGUUUUUAAUUUAUUAGAUUAAUAUGUCAGGACUUCAGUUAUGGGAACUUUUUCUUUAAGAAUGAAAGCCUUAUAUUAUUUGACUCAAUAGAAGGAUUUAUUACAUAUAAAAAUUAUUUUUUAAGUCUAUAAAUACUACGAGUAGUUUUUGGAAACUUUUAAUAAGACAAUAGAUGAAAAUAAAUAAGAAUAUGAAAAAGAAUGUAAAGACUAUAUUAAUUUAGCUGGUUGGGAAAGUAAAAAUUACCUCACUUUAAAAUAAACAGUAGAAAAAUUCUAGGGAAAACUACACAGAAUUCUAAAAAAAUAUAAAGGAUUUUUAUAAGAACCAAUUUCAAGACAUAUUUUCGAUAAACAAAGAAACAAUUUUUUUGCUUAAAACUACGAUAAUUUUUACCAAAAAUAUUAAAUUUAAUAUAAAAAUUAAAGACUAAAUAAUUUCGCUCUCUCAUUUAAGAAUUGCGUGAAUUUAAAUGAAAAUAAACUAGUAUAAACAACAUAAAGACUAUGCAUUAAAAAUUCACUUUUGAUACCAUAAUUUUAAAAUAAUAAUAAUAAUAAUAAUUUUUAUUAAUAAAUAAAUGAUUUAAACGAUAACAAUAUAGAUAUUCCUUCCUGGCUUUACAUAGAAGAAAGUAUAAUAGAUGUUUUUGAUAGAAUAAAAUGUCUACAUGGUGAAGACGUGACCCGAAAUAUGAAAUAUAAAGCUGUUAUUGAUUACUUUAAAUUCCUCAAAACACUUGGAUUUACCUCUUACUAUAAAACCACUACUUAAAUAAUGAAAGAUAAUACUCUAUUAUAUGAUAUGAAAGUUAUAAAUUCUGAAAAUUUCCAUAUUUUGGGACUAUAAGAGGACUUUACUUAUAUAGAAAAGUGCUAUUAUAAUACUUUAGAUAAAAUUUGUAUACUUAAGUUUAAUAAUUAAUAUUCUGAAGACCUUACUAUGGAUAAUAUUAAGAGGGGAAGUGGAUUUUUAAUCGAGUUUUUUUAUUAUAUUAAGAGAUCUUUUGUAAAUUUGGCUGAUUUAAGUGAAAAAAUUAUUCCUUUAGAACAAUUUUUUAACAAUUUUUGUUAAUUCGAGGAUGAUAUAUGCAUUUAAGUUGAUGAUUAUGUGUCUAUUAAUGAAAAAGUUUCAGAAAUAUUGAAUGAUUGUUCCUUUUUAUUUAGUAAUGUGAAGAAUUACUAUUCUUAAAAUGAUGAAGAGGAUGAAAUUUUGAAAAAAUGUGAAUAAUUUACCGAAGAAAGUGUAAAUAUAUUGAAUGGAAAAAUAAUUCAAGUUAAAAAAUAUGAAAAAAUAAUCCAAAACAUGACUUUAUUAGUAGAAAAAAUACAAAAAAGUAAACAAAAAACUAACAAAUAUGUUCUUUUAGAUUCUCAAAAAGUCCUCAAAGAUAAAUUUAAUGAGAAAAUAAAAGAAAUUAAUGCCUUAAUAGUCUAUUUAUAGGAUAUUUUACAAUAAAAAAUAUAACAAUGUAUUCAAAAAAAUUAAAAAUCUGUAAAUGAUGAAUAAAUAAUAAUUAACGAUAUUUAACUUUUUGCAUAAAAAAUAUUUAAAACAGUUUAAAAAUAUAAAUAAAUUCUCAAAUCAAAUAUAUAAGUAGAAGAAGAAGAAUAAUAAUAAUAAGAAGAAUAAAAAAUCGAAAAAAAAUAAAAUCUAGAAAAUAAUGACGCUUCCUUUAUAUAAAACGAAGAAAAAACAAUGCAAAAACUCAAAAAAAUAUUCGAUGAUUUCUCUUACAAAUUAAAAGAAGUCCACUCACAAUCUCUAAUAAAAAAAGCCCUAAAAAAGUAAGACUCUCAAAACCUGAAGGAAAUCCUCUAUUUAUUAAAAAUAUACAUCUAAAAUAUUCUUAUUUAUUACUCAAAAAGCAUCAAAUCUUAAUCUAAACUAUUAGAAUUAACGUCUGUAAUAUUCUAUAAUUUAUUCUAUAAAGGAUUUUGUCAACCAAAAAACAAUAACGGAGACCAAGAAGGAGAAACAGACGACGAGGAAGGAAAAUAUGAAUUUAAAGAAGGUACAGGUAUAGGGGAAGGAAAAGGCAAGGAAAACGUUACAAAAGAAAUCGAAUUUGAGGAAUAGUUAUUAGGAAACAAAGAUGAUGAUUAUUAAGAAAAUUCAGAAAGUAACGAACAAGAAGAAGAAUAAAACAAGGAAAAUAAAGAAGACGAAUUUGAAAUGGAUUAAGAUUUUAAGGGUAAAAACUCCAAAAUGGAUAACGAAUUAGAUGAAAAGGAACAGGAAAAAGCCGAAAAUCAAGCUGAUGAAUAAUUUAGUGAUGUAGACGAUGAUAAUUUAGAUUUUAAAAUGUGGGAAGGAGAUGACGCUUAAGAAGAAGAAGAUAAAAAAAACGAUGAAAAUAAACAAAAUAGAAAAUAAGAUUAAUUACAAUUCAACUCAAAGUAAAAGCCUUAAGGAGAAUUAGAAGAUAAAGCCAAAGACGAGUCCAAGAAAGAUAAAGAAUAAUAAAGAAAUAUUAAAGAUUUCGAAAAUGUAGAACAAAAGGAAAACCCAGAACCUGAAAUCAACUAAAUGUAAAAAAAUGAUGAUGAAGAAUAAGAAGAAGAAUAAAAUGGCGAAAACAAAGACUUAAAUUAAUAAUUAGAUCCUGAAUUACUUAAAGGUUAAAUGGAAUUAGAAGAAGAAGAAGAACUUAAUGAUGAACAUUAAGAUGGCGGAUCAUAAUAAGGAGAACUUGAAGAAGAUAUGGAAAGUGCAAACGACUAAUAAAAUGACUAAUAAUAAAUAGAUCCAUUAGAUUAAAUAAGUGAUUUCGAAGAAAAAAACUAAUAAUAAUAAGAAGAAAAAACCUAAAUGGAACAAGCUGUAUAAAACGAAAAUAUGGAUGAAGAAGAAGAAGAACAUAAUGAAUAAAUAGCUGAAGAAGAAGAAGAAUAAAAAAAAGACUUCCCUAAAAAUGUCCAUAACUAAAACCAAAAAAAAAAAAAUAUUCAAGAAGAUAAGUACGGCACAGAAGGAAACGAUGAUUAAAUAUAAAAUCAAAAUGAGAAAAAAGACUAAAAAACCGAAAAAAACUAAAUAAAUUAGAAUAACCAAGAAAAUUAAGAAGAAAAUAAAGAAAACUAAUAAGAAUAAAAUAAUGAAGGUUAACAAUUAGAAAAUAUAAAUAAAUUCUCAAAUGAAUUCCUUAAAUAAAUCAUUUAAAACUCACAACCAACUGCUUAAACUCUUCAAAAUUUCUUCAAAGAUCUCUAAAUUGUUCAAGAAUCAAACGAAAAUUAAAUCUAAUAAAUAAAUUAAGAAGAAAAACUAUAAAACUAACCCUAAAACGAAUAUGAAGCUUAUAAUCCUGAUUAAAAUAUGAGCCAAGACUAACUAUCUUAAUUAUUAAAAACCAACUUUAAUGCUCAAAAUAACUAAUAGAAUAUCCAAACGUAGUAAGAAGAUUAAAAUAAUAUUGAAGAAUUUCCAAACAACUAAACUAAUCUUAAAUAGGAUCUUGAAAAAGAGGAAUAAUAAUAAAAAUAAACAUAAAAAAAGCCUGAAAAUAAAAACAACCAAUAACAAUAAUAAAAAGAAUCCCAAAUUGAUUUUGAAGAAGAGCAAAAAGAAUCCCAAAAAAAUAAACCCGCAAAAACACAAUACGAAGAAGAUUAAAACAUUUAUAAAGAAAAAAAACCCCUAGAUCUUUAAUAGAGUAUCCCUAAACCCACUAAAAUGGAGCAAGAGGAUAACUUAGAACUACAAUAAGACAUCCAAGAACUUCUCGAAAAAUACCUUGAAGACAUAAAAAGCACUUCCGAAGAUCUUCCAGAUGAUCUCCGUUUAUAAAAAGCCCAAGAGCUAUGGUAAAUUCUAGAAACUUAAGCUCGAUAUUUAUCCCAAUAACUUUGCGAAGAAUUAAAAGUAGUUUUAGAGCCUACCCAAAUUUAAUCUUUUAAAGGCGAUUAUAAAUCCGGAAAAAGACUAAAUAUGAAAAAAAUAAUCCCUUACAUAGCCUCUAAUUUCAGAAAGGAUAAAAUAUGGUUAAGAAGAAGCCAGCCAUCGAAACGUACUUAUUAGAUUCUACUUGCAAUAGACGAUUCAAUGUCUAUGUAGCAUUAAAAUGUUGGAUUUUUCGCUUUACAAUCGAUGACCACUUUAAGUUUGGCUAUGAGUAAAAUGGAAGUUGGUCAAAUAGGAAUAGCUGCAAUAAAAUAAGGCUUAAACCUUCUACAUGACUUUAAUAAAUAACUAACACCAGCUGAUUCUCCUUAUAUUCUUUCAGCUUUCUAAUUCCAACAUUAAGAUCAUAGUUCUAAUGAUAUGGAUUUAGUUAAAUUUAUGGAUUAGACUAUUUAGUUGUUUGAAAGUUCAAAAUAAGGUCAAAAAGAUAUUCAUUAAAUUUGCUUUAUUAUGAGUGAUGGAAGAUUUAAUAAGAAAUUGGUCAAACCUUUAGUUGCUAAAGGUGAAGAAAAUGGAAUUUUAUUCGUUUUUAUUGUACUUGAUAGUAGUGAAGAAAAAGAAUCAAUUAUGAAUAUUAAAUCUACUAACCAUAAAUAUAUUAAUGGUAAAUUAUAAAUUGAAAUGAAGAAUUAUUUGGAAGAUUUCCCUUUUAAAAAUUAUAUUAUUGUGAAGUUUAUAACGAAAGUCGUAUAACUUAAUGGAUAAGAAGCAAGUACAGCAGAAGAAGCUGAAGAAAUAGCCAUAAAAUUAUCACAAAAUAAACCAAAAAAUGAAGGAAUAUAAUUUAUGGAUUAUGUUGUAAAAGCACAAAUUCAUGCUGGAGGAAGAGGGAAAGGUUUUUUUAAAGAAAAUGGUAUUUAAGGAGGAGUAUAAUUUGCCUUUUCACCUGAAGAAGUGAAAGAAAUAAGUGCUAAGAUGUUAGGAAAUACACUAAUUACAAAAUAAACAGGACUACGAGGACGUCCUGUUAAUAAAGUAUUAAUUACAGAAAAAAUGUUUUUAAGAAAAGAAUUGUAUUUAGCAAUAACACUUGAUAGAAAAUAAGGUGGAAUAACAAUAAUAACAAAUGAAAGAGGAGGAAUGAAUGUAGAAUAAAGCGGUGUAGAAACAGUUAAAACACAUUUCGUUUAGAUAGAUAAAGGACUAACAGAAGAAAUAUUACAUGAAGUUUCAUAAUCAUUAAAUAUAGGAUAAAAAUAUGAUGAGCAAUUACAUAAAAUUGUAAGUGGUUUAUAUGAUUGUUUUAUGAAAAGUGAUUGCACUUUAUUAGAAAUUAAUCCUUUAGCUCUGUCUUUAAAUGGUUAAUUAGUAAUAUGCGACUAAAAAAUGAUUAUAGAUGAUAAUGCUUUAUUUAGAUAAAUAGAAUUAGCUUAAUCUGAAGAUAUAACUUAAAAAGAUAUAAAAGAAAUUGAAGCAGAUAAAAAUAAUCUUAAUUACAUUGCUUUAGAUGGAAAUAUUGGUUGCAUGGUAAAUGGAGCUGGAUUAGCAAUGGCAACAAUGGAUAUAAUAUAAUAAAAUAAUGGAAUGCCUGCUAAUUUUCUAGAUAUUGGAGGUGGAGCUAAUGAUAGACAAGUUUGUAAUGCUUUAAGAUUAAUGGAAAAUGAUAAAAACGUAGAAUCAAUUUUUAUCAAUAUUUUUGCAGGUAUUAAUAGAUGUGAUAUUGUUGUUCUUGGUCUAAUUAAGGCUUUAUCGGAUUUAGGUAUGAAAAAACCUAUUGUUAUUAGAUUAAAAGGAACUAAUUUAGAAGAAGGAAAAAGAUUAAUUAUGGAAAGUGGAUUUUAAAUGAAUUUAACUGAAGAUUUUGGAAAAGCAGCUUAAAAAUCUGUUAAAAUGGCAGAAAUUCUAAGAAUGGCUAAAGAAGCAAGAAUUAAUAUUAAUCUUUUAAGCUGA